AUGCGUCGCGAGUCAAUUCGAUGCACUCCGUCGUGGCGCCGUAAGGAUCCACGACACGACUGUGUCUUCAUCGUCGAGGACCAGGAAAAAACUGGUAUGAGGGGCAUGAUCAUUGGCCGUGUUAAGCUUUUCUUUUCUUUUCAUUUUGAGGGUGUGACAUACCCUUGUGUGUUGAUCGACAGGUUUUCAUGGAUGGGGAGAGGCCCAGAUUCAGUGACGGGCAUGUGGAAGGUGAAGCCCGAGAUUACUGGUGCACACGGAGCUCGUGUUCAGUCUGUGGAGCAUGUCGAUACCAUUCUUCGAAGUGCUCAUCUCAUCCCCGUCUUUGGCAGCGGUCCCCUCCCCGAUGGUUUUCAUUUUGCUCAUUCUCUUGACGUGUUCAAUUCUUACUAUGUAAAUAAGUAUGCAGAUCAUCAUGCACAUGAAAUUGUGUUCUAA